GGGGCUCUGCCAGCCCGCCGCAGACCUGCCCGGCUGCGCGCCGCGCCCUGUGCGUCCCAGCCGCUGCGGGUGCCACGCCGAAGGCGACCGGGAGACCCCGGGACGCACAGCUCCCCGCAGCCCCGAGCGCCCCGCGCCCUGGCCCGCCGGCAUGGCUGUGCUCCUGGCGGCGGUGCUCGCGUCCUCGCUCUACCUGCAGGCGGCCGCCAACUUCGAUGGGAGGUGGCCCAGGCAAAUAGUGUCUUCGAUUGGCCUCUGUCGUUAUGGUGGCAGGAUUGACUGCUGCUGGGGCUGGGCUCGCCAGUCCUGGGGACAGUGUCAACCUUUCUACGUCUUAAGGCAGAGACUGGCAAGGAUAAGGUGCCAGCUCAAAGCUGUGUGUCAACCACAGUGCAAACACGGAGAGUGCAUCGGGCCAAACAAGUGCAAGUGUCAUCCUGGAUUUGCUGGAAAAACCUGCAACCAAGAUGAGCCCUCCUACCCAACUCCUCUUGACCAAGGCAGUGAACAACCUCUUUUCCAACCCCUGGAUCAUCGAGCCACAAGUGCGCCUUCAAGGGAUUUAAACGAGUGUGGCCUGAAGCCGAGGCCCUGUAAGCACAGGUGCAUGAACACUUUGGGCAGUUACAAGUGCUAUUGUCUCAACGGAUACAUGCUUCUGCCAGAUGGGUCCUGCUCAAGUGCCCUAUCAUGUUCCAUGGCAAACUGUCAGUAUGGCUGUGAUGUUGUCAAAGGACAAGUCCGAUGCCAGUGUCCUUCUCCUGGCCUGCAGCUAGCUCCUGAUGGGAGGACCUGUGUGGAUAUUGAUGAAUGUGCUACAGGAAGAGUCUCCUGCCCUCGGUUUAGGCAGUGUGUCAACACAUUUGGGAGUUACAUCUGCAAGUGUCAUACUGGUUUCGACCUCAUGUACAUUGGAGGCAAAUAUCAAUGUCACGACAUCGACGAAUGCGCCCUGGGGCAGCAUCAGUGCAGUGGCUAUGCCCGCUGUUACAACGUGCACGGGUCCUACAAGUGUAAAUGUAAAGACGGAUACGAGGGUGACGGACGGAACUGUGUGUAUAUCCCCAAAGUCAUGAUUGAACCUCCAGUUCGUGUGCCAGAGAGAAAUGAUACCAACUUAAAGGGUGAUGGCGGACAUGCUAACAGGAUUCCUGAUGCUGGAAGUACUAGGUGGCCCCUGAAGACACCGUAUAUCCCCCCUGUCAUUACCAACAGACCCACUUCCAAGCCCACAACAAGACCCACACCAAAUCCAACGCCACAGCCUACUCCACCACCCCCACCACCCCUCCCAACAGAGCUUAGAACAACUCCACUACCCCCCACCCCAGAAAGGCCGUCCACCAGACCGACAACCCUAGCACCUGCUACCAGUACAUCCCCUCGAGUGACUACGGGUGACCACGGGACACAGACGGAUCCUCAGAAACCCAGAGGAGACGUGUUCAUUCCACGGCAGCCUUCAAAUGACCUGUUUGAAAUAUUUGAAAUUGAAAGAGGAGUCAGCGCGGAUGAUGAAGCAAAGGAUGACCCAGGUAUUCUCAUACACAGUUGUAAUUUUGACCAUGGACUUUGUGGAUGGAUCAGAGAAAAAGACAGCGACUUGCACUGGGAGCCGGUCAGGGACCCAGCAGGUGGACAGUAUCUCACAGUGUCUGCAGCCAAAGCCCCCGGGGGAAAAGCUGCUCGCUUGGUGCUCCCUCUCGGCCACCUCAUGCAUGCAGGGGACCUGUGCCUGUCCUUCAGGCACAAGGUGACUGGGCUGCACUCCGGCACACUGCAGGUGUUUGUGAGGAAACAUGGUGCCCAUGGAGCAGCCCUGUGGGGAAGAAAUGGUGGCCAUGGCUGGAGGCAAACCCAGAUCACCUUGCGAGGGGCUGACGUCAAGAGCGUCAUCUUCAAAGGUGAAAAAAGGCGUGGUCACACAGGGGAGAUUGGAUUGGAUGAUGUGAGCUUGAAAAAAGGUCACUGCUAAGAAGAACACUAGCAGCUCCAGAGCUGGCAGUGAACUGUGUCGUUCUUCCUCCUUUUUCAAUCCUUGCCUUCUCAUCUCCUCCCCCUUAUCAGGCCUAGGGCAAGAGUGGGUCAGGAGGAACGCUGGUUGGUGAGCCAGGCCUUGGCGGCCUGCUUUUGUGCCAUCCCGGUGAACAGUGACACCUUCCUUGAAGUCCAGGAGCAUCUGGAGACACAUCCUGCCCUUCUAGGGUGGUUCCUUCUCUACCCUGUAUCUCCUUUAUGAAGGUCUUUGGCAUAUAUGACCCAUGCCACCCUUCAUCCUGGUUACAGAGUGGGCCUGAUAGCCAGCUAUGGGGGAAGUUUCCACUCGACGCAAAAGGCAUUCUGUGAUCUGUCCAGUGUUGUACCCUGAGUAGUAUUGACGUCGCUUAUGGUAUGAUGUACAGCGUGCUUGUGAAACUAGUUGAUCCUCUUCACUUGUGCUGGCCUGACCUCACUCUGACUUGUACUGCCAUACACUUUAUAACGGAAGGGCGUAUAACAUAUUAAGAUGCAUUUAUUCUUGUAAACGGUGUUUUUCUUUUAAAGAGAGUUAUGUAGGGUGGGCAUGGAAUUCCUUGUUAGUAGUACUGUGUUUGUGUAAAUGUGCUAUUAAUAUAAGUAUUUACGUGUUCCUGAUAUUCACAGACUCUAGUUGCAAGGUCAAAGGCAGCUUAUGAUAGCUUGAGUGAAAAAAAAAAAUACAUGGUGAAAUUGUCAUCCAUGCCAUGAUCUUACACUGGCAGCAAGAAAACUGGCAGAGGUGUCCGCUGGGGUGGAAGCAUGACUCGACUUCGAUGUCCUUGAGUUUGACCUUUACAGAAGGAAAUAAACCAUUAAGGGAAGCAAGGGCCUGCAGUUAAUAUAUAAAACCCUUACGUUUUGAGUUAUACUUUAAACCAACAGCUUUCACCAUUGUAAGACGGCUUCCCUGGUGAGAAACUUGGUAAAGAUGAGUGGGGAGUGGAAGUGUACGGGCAGGGCCCACGGGACAGGCGUUCACAACGAGCUGUAAGCUGACAGGGUGUCCAUGAGUGUAGGUCAUGGCUGACAUGUUACCCGAGGCCGGGAUGGGAAGCGGGCCUGUGCACCGAGGUGCUGUGUGCAAUGGAAUGAGACACAUGCGGUAGAGGAGGAUGGGAUUGGAAUUCUAGUAUCCACGGAGCCCCAACUGUAGCUCCUCUCUAUCACACCUUCGCUAAACGAAAAACUCCUAACUUUAAAACAUCAGCUUUCUCCUGACCUUCUCUCUCAUUUCUGAUUAAGUAAUCAAAAUAUUUUCUGCUGUUUUUGCCAGGAAACACAGAGAUGAUUAAAGGGUUGGAAAAAAAGAUCUAUGAUGCAAAAGUAAAGGAACUGGGAUUAUUCAGCCUGGAGAAGAGAAGACUGAGGGGCAAACCAUUGAUGGUUUUCCAGUAUGUGAAGGGUUGGCACCAAGAGCUUGGAGACCAGCUGUUCUCCAUGUGCACUGAGAAUAGAACAAGAGGAAACAGGCUUAGGCUAGGGUGUGAAGGGGCACUUCCUGGCAGGGACAGUUGCUAAGCCAAAUUCUUUACCAAAAAGAAGUGUGAAAAUUGUAAUCUCACUCUCUCAUAUCUAUCUAUCUGUCUGUCUGUCUGUCUAUCUAUCUAUCUAUCUAUCUAUCUAUCAUCUAUCUCCCAUCUCCCUCUACCUCUCACCCUCUUUCCUGUUCACCUCUCUUCCUCUCUAUCUUCUCUCCCCUCCCCCCAUUUAAAAAACUACAUUAAAAUUUUACCUAUUUAAUAAAGGUAAAGUACCAAAUUAUGAACGCUAGAAAAUACUCUGACCCUCACAGUAAUAUAUACCAAUGAGUCUUCAGAAAGAAGCGAUUUGGACUAAGCCCUGAACCAGGCAUUCUUAUCUUGACCUAUUGGAAAGAGCACAAAAGGAGAUGUUGAGCUCACUGAGAUGCCGCUCCCUCAACAGCCAACAACAGUAUCAAAACAACGAAUCCCCCAAACCAUUUAUUUUUGAAGAGGUUAUAACAGACAGAUGGUGCAGUAGCUUAAUAAUGUCCUAAUGCGGCAGUGUUAAUGUUUUAUUCCUGGGUAAGGGGGUGAGACUGUUGUUUGUUCAAUGGUGGCUUAUUUGGACUUGUUUUUCAGAGAAAUCCUAUCAAGAAACACAGGUCAGAGAGAUUUUUGUCUGGUGCAUUGUCUCUGCUUUGCAUGGGACAAGUUAACAUGGCUACUGAAUAUGUGUCAACCACAGCACUGUCAGCCCUCUCCCUCACCUUCUCCCAUGGCUCACUUUCUCAGUAGGAGCCUUCCAAUUCCACAAGCUGGUAAUUUGUUUUUUUAAAACAGGUCCAAGCGACUUUGACAUUUAACUGAUAAAGGCAGAGUUGGAGCUUCUGACCCAAGUCUUUAAAGCCAGAUAAAAUGUUCUUACAUCCAUGUUUCAUGACUCAGUUCCUUUUUGGUCAUGUAGCUACACAGCUAAAGACGAAAAUAAUUGAGAAUUUCACUUUUAGGUGCCAAUAAGACAUUGCACUACACUGAAGAAGUUAUCCAAAGUACUGUAUAACAUCUUGUUUAUUAUUUAAUGUUUUCUAAAGUGAAAAAUGUUCGUGGUUUUCAAAAUGGCCAAAUAAAAGCAAUCUUUGUAAAUAAAAACACUGUUAAUAAUA